AUGGACCCAGUAAUUAUAUUUAGCAGCGUGCGCAAAGGACGCUUACUGUCCAUUUACACAGAUCUUCGUUUCGGAGACGUUCUCAAGAACUUUAACCUCCAUAUUCUGAGUGAAAGUAAGACAAUGGUGGAAAUUCACCAGAUCAGUUCUGUCAAGGUGGUUUUAGUCUCGAUAAAUGUCGUUUCUGGUGUUUUAUCAGUAGCUGGGAACUCGAUUACCCUUCUGGCAUUAUACAGAACAGCUUCCUUGAGGAAGAAUACCUCAAAUUUCUUUCUCGCCUCAUUAGCUCUCGCCGAUCUAACCGUGGGCCUGUUUGCCAACUCGCUGUAUCUGGCUCUUUGUGGUUUUAUUUCUCUUCAAGAAAUUCAAGAACUGAAGAACGCCGAGACUGCUGUGUGGCUGUUGACUACAACAGCUUCAACUUUUAACCUGUGUUUUGUGGCAGUCGAUCGUUACAUUGCAAUUCUUCACCCUCUGCGUUAUCGGGAGAUAAUAACUAAAAAGAGGAUCUUGUGGUCGGUGAUUUGCAUGUGGAUUUUUACUAUCUUAUUCUCAACUGUAAGCUUUUAUCUUCCGUACAAACAUUUGCCAAAGCUGUGGAUAAUAGGAUCCCUUGUGACAUUCUUCCUUCCUUUAGCAGUACUUUUACUCUGCUAUUAUCGCGUGUACAACGUGGCGAAAGCUCAGAGUUCUUGGUGGAAAAGACACCGCACAUUUAAUUGCCCUGUUUUAGCUGCCGAAGAGUUAAAACAUAGAAAAGCAGCUGUUACAUUUGCAAUCGUGACAGGCCUUUUUGUAUUUUUAUUUCUGCCAACACUUGUGGUAAACUUUCUUGCAAUACUCUUGAGAGGAUAUUGCCAUAGGUUUCGCAUUAACAUAGCUUGGUUCUGGGUUGCGGCGAUCUCGUAUUCUUCCUCAGCAAUUAACCCUUGGAUUUACGCCAUUAGGAUGACCGAUUUUCGACGUGCAAUUAAACAGAUAUUGUGUAGUUAGGAUGUAAACAACUCUCACUUUAUUUAAACUGAUUAAACGUGAGCUAUCUAUGUCAAAUAUUACGAUUCUUAAAAACUGUGGGAGUGAAUAUUCUUGGCACAAAUAAAAUCGUUUCGACUUCUUGUUGACGUGUUCUGUCCAAUUUAAAAUUAUUUUAGAAACUGAGAUUAACUUGAGGUUUUCACACGGAAGACCUCGAGGCAGAUAUGGGUCAACCAGUCUCUGAUAAAUGAUUAAAAUUAAAAAAAUCAAUAUGAAGCCAAUCGAAAAAAAGGAAUCCCGUAAUUAUAAACUUUUCCCCAUGCAAAAACUUCAACAUCUGAGUUAAAGUUACUCUCCGACUAGAUUCCACAACUUUGCUUGAUUAAGUUGAAUUUCAACUCAAGCAUCUUUCAAUCGUUUUUCCCUUCAAAAGCCACUUGAUCAAAAUACAGACGAAAGUCCACCUCACGUCUCGCACAACAAUUUUCGAUGAGCGUCAGAAGGAUCACAGGGUCCUUGAUUGGUACAAAAAAACUCGUGCCACCUUCCUAACCAAUCAGAUACAAGAUUUUUAAAGUAGCUUUGGCGUGAUCUUUCGCAUUUUCCCGCGCUUUUUUCUUGUGCGUUCUUUGAAUAGCUGUUGGUUCUAUAUGAAUUGUACCUCAGUAUCCCAAGAAAAAA